UUCGUGGAGUCGUUGAUUGAUUGUUCAAAAAGUUUUUAUUUAUAUUAUUGUAUACCAAAACAACUGUUCACUAACUUUAUAGAUACAACAUGGAGGACAAAGAAAUUCAGACAGAAAGAGAUCCGUCUGCGGAGAGCAGUCUGACAACAAGUCUUCUGAUCUUAGAUCUCGAACAAAAACUGACAAAUCUGACACACUUUAUGCACCAGUCCACUCUAGAGCACAGGCAAAAUUAUGCAGCGAUCAAUGCCCAGCUUCACCUUAUCAACGAGAGACUGCGAUCUUCUGACCCUAUCAUUGCCAGUAGAGGAAAUGUCUCCAACAUCAAUUUACAAAGAGAAUUGUUAAGAUGUAUAAGCAGAGACAAAUCCAAAGCCACCGAUGAGCUCGAGAAGAAUGACUUAAGUGGAAGCGAGACUCUUCACAGAGAGUGUCUGAUGGAAAAUCUAGAAGAGAUGGUAAGAGAUAUGGAUUUGAAUAGCACACAUCUUAUGGACGAAUUACUUGACAACGAAUGUUUAACACAAGACGAAGCUUCCGAUAUCUCACACAUCAGCACAAGGAAAGAUCAAAUACGCAAGCUUAUUGUGCUCUUUGCCAAAAGAGGACGAGGAAAUUUUGUCAAAUUCCUAGAAGUGAUUGGAAGAAAGCAUCAAUAUCCUCAUAUUGCUAAAGAAUUAAGAAGAAUUUAUGACCUGAAAACAUCAGAGGGUAGAAGUUCUGAAUGUCUGUUGUGUGUCAUCAAACGUGAUGUAGAUAUACGUGACGUUGUAGAUCACCUUUGUCGCCAUCAAAUCAUUGACAUAGAAUUCUUGGACCUAGUGAUUUCAGGACAAUCUGGGAACCAAAACAGUCUGUGGGAAAUAGUGUUUUCUAAUGUGGAUAAAUCAUCUAACAGAAAACAGAAAAUUCAAUACCUCCAGGAAGCUCUAUCCAAAAAAUAUGACAAGUUGGCAUCGAAGUUAGGUUUUCUUGUCCCAGCUCAACUUGGGAACCACAUUUGUUCUAAACCUAUCACAAAUUUUUCGCAAUCAUGGCGAAGUACAGGUAGUAUGAGCAGUAUUGGUGACAGGAGCACAACCUCAGAACCUCCAAGAAAAUCAGAUUCAGGAAAACCUGGGAAGAUUUCUUCAUACGAACAGCUUCAAGUUGAGAUAAGUACCAACAUUCCUAAGUGUAUAGAUUGGUUAAAUACGCACACAUCGCCGACUGCAAGUUCUGAUGAUGACACCAAAUUACUUUCUGUUACCCCUGAAAGUACUGACAGUGGGAUAGAGUCUACUGUAAAUGGUAAUAGUUUACAUACUGAACCGGAAGCGCAGAAAGUAACCAUUAAUAACAUGGAGGAAAGUCCAGAUCAUCGAUUGUCACAUGAGACUAUGGCUAUUUCCAUUACUAGUAUAUCCACCGUAAGUGAGGAAACGGAUAGACUUGAUCAGACGAACAAAGACUUUUAGCGACAAGAAAGCUAUCCUCUGAUGGAUACGGCAUAUUCAGUGUGUGUGACGAAGGUUAUGUCAAAAAGGAGGUAAAGACUGAACAUGAAAUAACUAAGCAAAAUCAAAAUUAAUUAAUGAAGUAGAUUAUGUAGAAAAAUUCUUAGAGAGACCUGGAUAAAAGAGAAAGACCGAAAACUGUCCAUUCUGUGAGAGAAAGAACUGGUCGAGAGCCACCUGUCCAAGCUCUGGCUUGAAAAGAAUGGAAAAGGAAAACUGUA